AGUUAGGCCCCUCAGCAGGGUUUCCCCUCCCGAAUUACCUGCGCCCCUUCCUUCCCUUCUCUCGCAACUUUUUCUCUUUCCUUCCUUCCUUCCUUCCCUUCUUCUUCUUCUUCUUCCUCUUGGUGUGCUUCAUUUUGGAGGUCCGCCGAGAGGGCAGGUAGGGCCUGAGGCCGAGGGAGCUGUCCAGCGGCGGGCAAAGGCAGGGGCUCUCGCGGAGAGAAGAGGGGGGCAGCUUGGCACAGGAGGCGAGAGGGCAAGGCAAGGCAAGGCAAGGGAAGCUCCCCCUGCCAGCUCCAGGCACUACUGCCCCCAAAAGCCCGCCCCCGCUCUCCCGUGCCGCCCUUCCAUGGCACCGACUUGGCCCGCCUGCGAGCCAUUCCAACAAGUGGCACCGCCAGGCUCCCUCUAGCCGGCCCCGGUCUGCCGCCUCCCUCUUCGCCUCCCGCUCUCUUUGGAGGAGCGCUCCCUCGCUCUCUCCUCCUCUUUCCUCUUCCCCCCCCCCCCCCCCCACUCCUUUUUAUUUGAGGAUGAAAUAAUGUUGACAUGCCUUGAAUUAUUAAGUAUCCCCUGGAUUUUAUUAGCGCACACGAUGCCUAAAUGCUGCCUGUCUCCGGUGGGGUCUUAACCGAGGAGCGGCGUGCAGAGCAGCGGCGCAGAGAGCGGCGGGCAGCAGCGAGCGGCUCUGGCAGCUGGGUUUGGGCAGAUAAGGCGGCCGGCGAAGCACCCCGAGCAGCAGCCCCAGCAAGCAGCAGAUCACUAGGGAGACAAGAGCCCAGCAGCUGCCAGGGGCUCCAGAGAGAGGGAGACUGGGGCCAGGCUCCUCAGCCCCCUUCCUCCUCCUCCUCCUCUUCCUCCUCUUCCUCGGCUGGGCUCCCCGACUGAGGGUCGACCUGCAGCAGCCGGGGCAGAGCGGCCGGUGCCGGGCAGCCCAGGCUCCCGCUGCCUCCCCUCCCUGGGGGGGUAGCGUGCUGCCUGGUGCCUCGGCACAAAUGCCGAUUGAGAUUGUCUGCAAAAUCAAAUUUGCAGAGGAGGAUGAGAAGCAGGCGGCGAAAGAGGAAGGGGACGAGGAGAGCUUGCUAGAGGAGCCUGGCAGAUCGCACCACCCUGACCUGGCGGCCUUUGCCGGAACCAGCACCCUCCACGGCCUCGGCCACAUUUGCCGCUCGGGGCGGCUGGGGGUCCGGCGGGCCCUCUGGGCCCUGGCCUUUGUGGCCUCUCUGGCCUUCUUCCUCUACCAGGCGGCCCGAUCGGCCCUCUUCUACCUGGAGCACCCACAUGUCACCACUCUGGACGAGGAGGCCACCCAAAAGAUGAUCUUCCCGGCCAUCACCAUCUGCAACAUCAACCGCUUCCGACACUCGGCGCUCACCGAUGCCGACAUUUUCCACCUGGCCAACAUGACCGGGUUGCCCCCCAAGGACCGUGACGGGCACAAGGCCUCUGACCUGCUCUACCCAGACCCAGACAUGGCUGACAUCGUCAACCGCACUGGGCACCAACUUGACGACAUGCUCAAGAACUGUAGCUUCAGCGGAGAGAACUGCUCUGCGGAGAACUUCACGGUGGUCUACACACGCUAUGGGAAAUGCUACACAUUCAACGGUGACCGAAACAAACCACGGGUGACUCGCCAGAGUGGAAUGGGCAAUGGGUUGGAAAUCAUGUUGGACAUCCAGCAGGAGGAGUAUCUGCCAAUCUGGAGAGAGACCAAUGAGACAUCAUUUGAAGCUGGAAUUCGGGUACAGAUCCACAGCCAGGACGAGCCACCUUACAUCCACCAGUUGGGGUUUGGAGUCUCUCCUGGUUUCCAAACGUUUGUCUCCUGCCAAGAACAACGGUUGACGUAUCUGCCCCAGCCGUGGGGGAGCUGCCGGGCCAGUGUGAAGGGGGAACAGAUACUGCCUGGCUAUGAGAGCUACAGCAUCGCCGCUUGUAGGCUGCAGUGCGAGAAGGAAGCCGUGGUGCGGAACUGCCAGUGCCGCAUGGUUCAUAUGCCAGGUAAUGAGACCAUCUGCUCACCCAAUGUCUACAUUGAAUGUGCUGACCACACACUAGAUACAGCUGUGGAAGAUUCCCAGGAACGUUGUGUCUGUCCCACACCUUGCAACAUGACACGCUAUGGCAAAGAGAUCUCUAUGGUGCGCAUUCCCAACAAGGGAUCAGCCCGGUACCUGGCUCGCAAGUACAACCGCAAUGAGACCUACAUCCGGGAGAAUUUCUUGGUGUUGGACAUCUUCUUUGAGGCACUAAACUAUGAAUCGAUUGAGCAGAAGAAGGCAUACAACCUGGCAGGGCUUCUGGGGGACAUCGGAGGCCAAAUGGGCCUCUUCAUCGGAGCCAGUGUCCUCACUGUCUUGGAAAUCCUUGACUACAUCUAUGAGGUGAUCCGUGACAAAGUGGCCCAUGGCCUACGACGUUCCAAGCCUCCUCUGAAGAAGCCUUCAGGUAGCAUUGCCACCUUGGGACUGGAAGAGAUCAAGGAGCAGAGAGAAAAAGAAACUCCAUUCCUCAUCCCUCUUCUUCUUCCUCCUGACAUCAAGUUGGAUGCAAUGGGAGUUCCUGUGAGACCCUUGGGCGUCACUCAGAAGGCAACUACCCCACAGGCCUCCUGCCAAACCACCACCAUCGCCACCACUACUCACCGCAAGGGGUCUUUGAAGACUUUGCUUGCUAAUCCAGCCUGUGUCACCGCUCCCCUCCCCCUUUCCCCCCCAAAUGAAGGCAGUGCUUUUGGAGCAGCCUCGGACACAGCAAGUUCCACACUUUGCCAUGAGCUCUGGUCCAAAAGCCAGACCUAGCUAUCUUCCCCCUGCCCCCGAGCUCGUGAGGCUUCCUACCCCACCCCGCAAAGCAUUUGAUGCUUUUGAGCCCCUUUCCUCCUGUAACCCCUUGUCUCCUAUCCAGGUGUCACCCUCCUCCCUAAGACUCAGAGGCCCCAGGCACCCACACUGAAGCACAGAGAAAGAGCGUCAGCUGCCAAGCCCAGGGUGGCACAGUGGCCUUUAAGCAGCUCCGCUGACAGGAAGGAGAACAGGAAACACAGAGCAUGCCAGGGAGCAAAGGGGCUCUCUCAGAAGAGGGAAGGGGGGGAACUCACCCAGCCCUAGUUUGAUGUGGUAGCGGUAGCACCAACCAGCCAUCUGCUCACAAGCCAACAUGGCAGUGUCUGCCACUGCCAUGAAUUUUGUACAGUGGUGAUGAUCUUCCGUCCAACAUCACUCACUUUGUACAGUCCUGUCCAGCAUUACUAUUCCUCAUUACAACAUUUACAUGCACACUGGGGUGUCUCGGAGCAGAAAAUAAGUUGUGGGUCUCAUUCACUGCUGUUGAGUAGUGCACCCUGUUGUCACUGCACAAACAGGAAUUCUGCCUGUAAGAAGGAAUGAGCCCUUAGGUCUUACCCAUAAAAGGAUAUGCCCCUUUUACUUCAUGGGCCUUAGCCCAUCUCCUCACCAUUGCCCCUGCCAUCUUUAUUCCCUCACACAACUGUAUAUUUGUACAUAACCAUGGGGGGUGGGGUCGGGUCUGUGGUUUUUAGCCAGGCAUUGAUGCAGCUUCCCCCUGCUGGUUUCACCAUGAACUGCUGGUAAGGCUGGACACUGAUACAGACAUCCAAUCUCAGGUUUCUUCCCAACUCCAUGGUCAAGACCAGAGCCAGCAGGAGAUUGCUGCCAGCACCAAAGCCCUAGUUUCCCUGAAGCACCCUCUUCUCAGAUACACAGCCUUUCCCCCUUCCUCCCGUUAUCCAUCCAUUCCUCUCCUCCUCCAGCAACAUUCAGAGUCUAAGCCAAAAAUAGCCACCCCACCCCAAGGACAAGAGAGUAGGAAGUUUCAAAGUCCCUAUGGGUCCCACACCAAGGCUGCAGGGACAACCAGUACUCCCACAUCCCCCCCCAACUCAGAUCUUUAGAUGGAAGCACUUCUUUGCAAGAAUAGUCCAGUGUAUCCACAUGUGACAGGGGGGCUGAAUCCUCAUAUGUAUGGAUUUGCUCCCUGUACCUGAUGGGAGGACCCUGAGUAAAAGUGCAAGAGGGAAAAGGCAGUUAAACCAUGUUGUGCUGUCCUGGGGUGUGGAGGGGAGGGAGUACCCCAGAAUGCCAGCAGUUUGCCCUUAGCAUUCAUAUAGCAAACCAGGAAGGCCCAGCUGGCCUCCAUGGUCAAAAUGCAUUAAGAACCUCAUGGUGUUGUGCCCCGCACUUUGGGCAGUGUGCCUUUAUUGGAACGCAGAAUGGAGAUGCAUUUCCAGAAGAAAGGUGGCAUUUGCAGAAAUAUGUGGUUGGAAAUGCUCCCUCUCGCCUCUUCUUCUAGUGGCAACCACCAAUGUAGAAGGAACAAGGAUGAUGAGAAUCACACUCACCUGCCUGCUGGAAGUGUGUGUGAGCCCAAGGGGAGUGGAGUGCAGCCCUGCAGGCUGCGUGGGGCUCUGACAGGGACCCAGCCAGGGCUGUUCCCAGGAGAGGUCCAUCCAUCUCAUAACUUUACUGAGCGCGAGUCGCUGUUUUACAAAUGUACAAGUUUUCUCCCAAUAAAGAGGCACAAGUAGAACUCCA